AUGAACAACAUAUUGAACAUAAAAGACAACCAUGUCCAAAUAGGGGGACGGAAAUCCAAAUUGGCGGUAGUACAAUCAGAGAUAGUGAAGGGUUGUAUCAUUGAAAAAUUUCCGGAGUUGAGCUGCUCUGUCCUAGCAUUAAGUACCUUGGGAGACAAGGUGCAAACCAAACCAUUAUAUUCAUUCGGAGGAAAAGCUUUGUGGACUAAGGAAUUGGAGAUUUUGUUAUUAGAACAAGUUGACGAGUAUCCACAGUUAGACUUGAUUGUUCAUUCGUUGAAAGACAUGCCAACCAACUUACCCGAGGAAUUCGAACUCGGAUGCAUAUUAAACAGAGAAGAUGCCAGAGAUGCAUUAGUCAUGAAGAGUGGAUCUCCAUAUAAGACUUUGGCCGAUUUACCUGACGGGUCGUUGGUUGGUACCUCAUCGGUUAGGAGGUCGUCGCAAUUAUUGAAAAACUACCCAAAAUUGAGGUUUGAUUCUGUCAGAGGAAACCUCCAAACCAGAUUGAAUAAAUUAGACGACGCAAACUCGCCUUUCGAAUGCUUAUUAUUAGCAUCCGCUGGAUUGAUUAGGAUUGGGUUAGGCGAUAGAAUCACCGCUCACUUGGACGCUCCUGAAAUGUACUAUGCUGUUGGUCAAGGUGCAUUGGGGAUAGAAAUCAGGAAGGGAGACCAAAAAAUGCUUCAAUUAUUGAAAACUAUAGAGCAUUUGCCUACAACAUACUGUUGUCUUGCUGAAAGAUCUUUAAUGAGACACCUUGAAGGUGGUUGUUCUGUUCCAAUAGGAGUCCAGUCAUCUUAUAACGAGUCUACGAACAAAUUAUCUUUGAAAGCAAUAAUAGUAAGCCCAGACGGCACGAAGUCCGUUGAAGAUGAAUAUACGGGUAUAGUCCACACCAAAGAGGACGCUGAUGCCCUCGGUAUCAAGGUUGGUGAUUUAUUAAGUGCCAAGGGAGGUAGGGAAAUCCUAAAUAGCAUAAACUUUGAAAGAAUCAAUCUUCCACCUGUAUCAAAUACCCCUACCCCUCAACCAACCACUCCUAUUAAUGCUAAUAGUUCUUAA